UAGACGUUGGAACAACAUGCUCACCUUGGGCUAAAAAACGAGAAAAGUCAUAUUUUUGUGCAUACACUUGCACGCCUCUGCUGCACGGGUUGUCCCAUCGGAGGCCGGAGCUCCUAUCCCACCGUAUAAUCAGUGAAAUAACACUCGUUUUUUGAGAUCGAAGAACUUUUACCUUCGUGUCAGCUUAUUUCUUUCUUUUGCUUUUUUAAAAAUUUAAAAACCCUAGUUGAAAGCAAUGAAGGAACGACGAAAGCUGCCCAGCUCCAGAAAGGAGGAACAUUGAUGCAACUUUUGAACUUCCCAAUUAUUCCCUGAGUCUAUCAAUAAUUGUCCGCCGGGAUAAGUUGAUCGCCACCCUCCACCCCAAUACAAACCACGGUAUAUGUCUAGAUGGCAAAGAGUUGGGAUGAGGCUCAUGAGCUUGGUAGUGAAUCAGAUGAAAGCUACGAUUUGGAGAGACUACACAUAGAACCCAUAUAUGAUUCUUUCAUAUGCCCCCUAACAAAGCAAGUGAUGCAUGAUCCGGUAAGCCUUGAAAACGGGCAAACAUUCGAGAGGGCAGCGGUCGAGAGAUGGUUCAAAGAGUGUAAGGAUAACGGGAGAAUUCCAGUUUGCCCUAUAACCCAAAGUGAGUUAAGAAGCUUAGAUCUUAACCCAAGCAUAGCUUUGAGGAACACAAUUGAAGAAUGGAGUGCAAGGAACAAGGCCACUCAGCUUGAUACUGCCAAAAGAUUACUCUCUGUGGGAAGCAGAGAAAGCGAGAUUCUUAGAGCACUCCGGUUUCUCAAGAUUUACUGUCAGAAAAUUCGGUCCAAUAGGAUUGUGAUUCGAGAUACCGGGCUUAUACCAAUGGUUAUUGACAUGCUAAGAAGCAGCAGCCGUUUGGUUAGGUGUGAGGCUUUGGAAACCCUUAGACUUGUGGUCGAGGAUGAUGCUGAUAAUAAGGUCGUCAAAAUUCAAAUGUUAAUCCCCUUUAAAAUGGAUUAAUAAAUACCACCUCCAUCCCAAUAAAGGAAAUAUUGGCGGAGGGUGAUACAGUGCGCACAAUAGUGAAAUUCUUAUCACAUGAAGAAUCAAAAGACAGAGAGGAAGCUGCAUCUUUGUUAUUUGAGCUAUCAAAAUCUGAGACUUUAUGUGAAAAGGUUGGGUUGGUCAACGGAGCAGUUCUUAUCCUAGUUGGGCUGGCAAGUAGCAAAUCAGAGAAUCUUUUGACAGUUGAGAAAGCAGAGAAAACACUGGAUAAUCUUGGCAAGUGCGAACGUAAUGUGAUGCAAAUGGCAGAAAAUGGUAGAUUACAAUCUCUAUUGACUGUGCUUCUAGAAGGAUCAACAGAAACAAAGCUUUCAAUGGCUGCAUUUCUGGGUGAGCUGGUGCUUGACAAUGAGGUGAAAGUCUUGGUAGCUAAGACCGCGGGUUCUUCACUCAUCGACAUCAUGGAACAUGGCACCAUGCAAGGCAAGGAGGUCGGCCUGAAAGCUCUGAACAGGAUCUCUUCAUACGAGGUCAGUGCCAAGAUCUUAGUCGGGUCGGGCAUUCUCCCCCCGCUCAUCAAGGACCUCUUCAGCGUCGGCACCGAUGCCCCUCCAAUGAGGCUAAAAGAAAUCUCCGCAACUAUUUUGGCAAAUGUUGUCAACUCCGGUUGUGACUUCCAUUCCGUCCCGGUGGGUCCCGGCGGCGGCGAGCAUCGAACUUUGCUAUCAGAAGACGUGGUCCAUAACUUUCUCCACCUGAUCAACAACACUGGACCCGCGAUAGAGUGCAAGCUCCUACAGGUACUCGUGGGUCUCACCAACUCCCCCGCCACUGUGUCUAGUGUCGUUUCCACCGUUAAAAACUCUGGAGCUAUUCUCAGUUUGGUUCAGUUCAUUGAAGCUAUCCAGAAGGAUCUUAGGUUGGCUUCCAUAAAGCUUCUCCAGAAUCUUUGCCCACACAUGGGUCAGGAGCUUGCCAGUUGCUUACGUGGCUCAUCCAAUCAGCUCGGGAGCGUAAUCAGGAUUAUAUCCGAGGGUUUUGGAACUAUAUCUGAAGAACAGGCGGCAGCUGUCAGGUUCUUGGCUGAUCUCCCAGAGAGAGACAGCGGGAUAACAAAGUUGAUGUUUGAUGAGAAACUCUUCCAGCUAGUCAUCAUGAGAAUACUCGGCAUCAGGCAAGGAGAGACGAGAGGGUCCCGCUUCGUGACCCCCUAUUUUGAAGGGCUUGUGAAGAUUCUUGCAAGAUUCACUUUUGCCGUGUCCACCGAUCCUGACAUUCUCUCCUUUUGUAGGGAAUACAACGUCGCUUCCCUUUUCAUUGAACUUCUACAAACCAAUGGCCUUGACUACGUCCAAAUGGCAUCUGCCUCGGCUUUGGAGAAUCUAUCCAAGGAAUCUAAAAAGUUGACAAAACUGCCCGAGUUGCCCAAGCCUAGUUUUUUUGUAACGGUCUUCUUCCCUUGUUUGAGCAACAAUCGUCCCUUGAUGACCGGGCUUUGCGGGGUCCAUCACGGGAUUUGUUCGUUAAAAGAAACGUUCUGCCUUGUGGAAGGGCGGGCGGUUCAGAAGCUGGUCGCCCUUCUAGACCACAUAAAUGAGGGAGUGGUUGAGGCAUCACUCGCAGCCCUUUCAACACUUUUAGAUGACGGGGUUGAUGUUGUCAAGGGGGUGGAGAUGAUAUGUGAGGCAGAAGGGUUUGGGCCCAUAGUAGCCGUGUUGCUUGAGAAGCGUACAGAGAACUUGAGGAGAAGAGCGGUUUGGGCGGUUGAAAGACUUGUAAGGACAGAGGAGUUGGCGUCUAGGGUUGCGGGCGAUCCAAACACAACCACGGCUCUGGUGGAUGCUUUCCAGCACGGCGACUUGAUAACACGUCAGAUUGCUGAGCGUGCUCUGAAGCACAUUGAUAGGAUCCCAAACUUCUCCAGCGUUUGCAAGAAAAAUGCGCUCGAAUGACUGUAAUAGUGGCCUGUCAUCUUGGCUUUUUUUUUUGUUGCCUGUCUAUAUCUUGUCUGUAAUAUCUUCUUAUUUGGUCCAUUUUGUACUCGGCAGAAUUGCGGUACAAGCUAUAUUCUAUAAGAGUUCAAAUGUAUAAGAGUCGAUUAAACUCCAACAAAAAAUUUACAUUGAUGAGCAUACUGACUUCGAGAGUGGUGGUCUCAAUGAAUGUUAAGCAAAUUGACUUUAAUGUUCAAA